AUGUCCAAAGCUAACACCCGGGCAGUCCCCUGGACUUCCCAUCUCAUCUACCUCCUCCUAAUUCUCCCCACUGCCCUCAGCAUCACCCUCCUGCUCAGCGACUCUCAGCACUGGACCCUUACGGGCGACCUCUACACCUUCAUCAACCACUACCGCACAACCGUGCAAACGGCCCUUCAGGUCCUAGCCACUUUCCUCGGCGCUAUCCAAAUUUACAGCAUCUGCCGCCUCAUCAACCACGCCACUCGCAUCUUUUUCAAACACUCCACCCACCACACGACCCUCAACGACCUCGCCCUCUGGUCCGCCCUCUCCACCCCAACUACCAACUUCACCCUCCCUCUACCCCAAAUUCUCCUCACUCUCCUCCUCGCCAACCUUUCCGCCGUCCUCUCCGCCCUCUGGACCGGCGCCCUCACCCCAACCUCCACCACAACCACCGCCAAUACCACUAUCCUCAUCCCGUCCUACGCCAACCGUUCCUUCAUCAAAGAAUAUCCCUCCCAGAUCGACACCACCGGUCCCUCCCUCCGCACCUCCCUCGGCUACUUCACCUACUCCGUCGGCGUCGGCCUCCUUACUUCCCUCGUCUCCUCCGCUUCCACCGCCUCCCCGCUCACCGGCUCCCUCCGCGCCCGCUCCCACGCCAAACUCGACUCUACCGGCUACUCCUACUCCGGCCGCUCCUACGGCGUCGGCAGUACAGUCGGCCUCGCUGACGAAAAUGUCACUUCGUCUUACCCAUACGCAGCCAACUACACCUACCGCGAACGCGGCUAUCUCACCCGCGUCUCCUGUCUAUAUAACACCUCCUCUCUCUUCCUCCUGGAAGAUACCUACGACACAGCCCUAUAUGUUGCCAAAGGCCCGCUACCGGACAGUAACGUCUCCUCAGGCGAGUACUCCACCUACACGGGGUGGUCGACAGACACGAUCGUAGCCCUGGGCGUAGCCAGCCAGCCAGCGGCAUACACAAAGGAGAGGUACGUCGCAGCGGCAGCGGGGAGCUAUUAUGCGUCGUUGAACGCGAGUCAAUGCCUAAUCAGCUUCGUACCAAGCUGGUUCUCCGUGAACGUGGGUAUUCAAGAGAAAGUGGUGGAUGUGGUACCGCUGAACAACACCACCUCUUUUCCAGAAGAAGAAGACACCGACAUAGACAUCGACCCCACCAACAAAACCAUCCACGUCGCCAUGCGCCAGCUCGAACUCAUCUCCAACGACCUCACCUCCUUCUACCGCUCCACGCUCGGCGACGCAUUUAACACCUCCAUCGCAGAUCACGCCACGAAUACCAACACCACCGCCACCAUUUCCUCGAACUUCACCACCACCACAUCAAACUCCACCGACAAUGUAACAACAACCCUGACAGCCAUUCAAAACACCUAUAUCUCUCUCAUCGACGAUAUCCUCGCCGCGUACGCCUCUGCGCAGAUCAUGGUGGGGAAUUUCUCUCGCCCCGCUACGGCAACGGUUACGAUUGAUGCGUUGCGUCUGGGUUCGAGGGUGUAUAUUGUCGCGGUGUUUGUGGUUAAUGUGCUUGUGGUGCUGGGGGUUGGGGUCGAGAUGGGACGGACAGGUGUGUGGAGGGCCCUGCCUGGGUUUGAUUAUUUGGAUGCGAGGAUGUUGGUGCUGGGGGGUGCAAAUGGGGGAAGGGGGAUCGCGGAGAGGGCGGCGGAUGUGGGGUGGAAGGGGUCGGAAACGGGGAAGAUUGGGGUCCGGCUUGUUGGGGUUGGCGGGGUGAGGGGGGUGGGGUGGGGGUUGGUUUAUGGGAGUCGUAGUAGGAGUAAGGGUGAUGGUGGUGGUGGUGGUGAGAAGGGGAGGGAAGGGAGGAGAGCGUCGCAGGAGACGUUGGUGGAGGGGUGGAUUUGA